AUUGGCAACCUCUUUGGAUUUUUCUUUUUUGCAAGAAAAAGGAUUGAUUACAAACAGGCUUCAGAAGAAACUGAACAAGAAAGUUAAAGCCCAAAAGCUGAACUGCACCAGGAUCAUGUUAAGAGGCCUGUUUCAGAGAAAACUUAAACACGAACGGCUGGAGGAGGAUCCUGAGGUCCGAUUUAAGGGCUCACUGGUGUCCGAGGGGGAUUUGGGAUACACGUACGUCCGACCUGGAGGCUCCGACUACUCUCCCCCUCCCCUUCCUCGGCCUCCUCCCGUUGUCUUGACGAAUGAGCACAGAGGUGGCGGUAGCCAUGGCGACCACAGUGGCGGGGGAGGAGGGGCCAACCGUGCGGUGGGUUUGGUUGGCCUUGCACCGGAGCACAUUCCCACCCCAGGAGCAGCCCUGAGCUGGCAGGCAGCCAUCGAUGCUGCGCGGCAGGCUAAGAUGAUGGGCAACGCUGCUUCAGGCGGCGGGGCGGGACUUGGGUCAGGUGGGGGCGGCCCCAUUUCUACAGCCAGCUCCACGCAAAGGAAGAGACAACACUACGCUUCUAAACCCAAGAAACAAACCACAACGACAGCCACAAGGCCGCCAAGGGCACUACUCUGUCUCACACUCAAGAACCCUAUCCGCCGGGCUUGCAUCAGCAUCGUAGAGUGGAAACCAUUUGAGAUCAUCAUCCUGAUGACCAUCUUUGCUAACUGUGUGGCCUUAGCUGUCUACAUCCCCUUCCCUGAGGAUGACUCUAAUGCCACCAACUCCAACCUGGAGCGUGUGGAGUACCUGUUCCUAAUCAUUUUUACGGUGGAGGCGUUUCUCAAGGUAAUAGCUUACGGCCUGCUCUUCCAUCCCAACGCCUACCUGAGGAACGGCUGGAAUCUGCUCGACUUCAUCAUUGUAGUAGUAGGGUUAUUCAGUGCGAUUUUGGAGCAGGCCACAAAGGGAGAUGGGGCCACUCCGAUCGGAGGGAAGGCGGCAGGCUUUGAUGUCAAAGCUCUGCGAGCAUUCAGAGUUCUAAGACCGCUACGACUGGUCUCUGGAGUACCCAGUUUACAAGUCGUGUUAAACUCCAUAAUCAAAGCCAUGGUUCCUCUGCUCCACAUUGCCCUCCUGGUCCUUUUCGUCAUCAUUAUCUAUGCCAUCAUCGGCCUGGAGCUCUUCAUGGGCAAGAUGCAUAAGACCUGCGUUUACAACCACUCAGGCACAAAUGCAGAGGAAAAACCAGCACCGUGUGCCCCUGAUGGAGCUUAUGGUCGGCACUGCAUGCAGAACGGAACAAAGUGCCAAGUUGGUUGGGAGGGCCCCAAUGAUGGCAUUACCAACUUUGACAACUUUGCCUUUGCCAUGCUGACAGUGUUCCAGUGUAUAACCAUGGAGGGCUGGACGGACGUGCUGUACUGGAUGCAGGAUGCAAUGGGCUAUGAGCUACCAUGGGUCUAUUUUGUCUCUCUUGUCAUCUUUGGCUCCUUUUUCGUUCUCAACCUCGUUCUGGGUGUGUUGAGCGGAGAGUUUUCCAAGGAAAGAGAGAAGGCCAAAGCACGUGGUGACUUCCAGAAACUACGAGAAAAACAGCAACUGGAGGAAGACCUAAAGGGCUAUUUAGACUGGAUAACUCAGGCUGAAGACAUUGACCCAGAGAAUGAAGAAGAGGGCUUGGAUGAUGACAAACCCAGAAACCGUAAAGGUCGUCAUUUUCUCUCUCUUCGUGGAGCCGUGAAGAAAAACGCGGCUUUCCUUCGUAAGGCGUUGAGCAUGCCAGCCAGUGAAAACGAAUCAGUCAACACAGAUAACGCCCCCGGAGGAGACGUGGAAGGGGAGACAUGCUGCACCAGGCUGGCAACUAGGAUCUCCAAAUCCAAGUUCAGUCGCUACUCUCGGAGGUGGAACAGGUUGUGUAGGCGAAAGUGUCGAGCAGCAGUCAAGUCCCAGGUUUUCUAUUGGCUCGUCAUCUUCUUGGUUUUUCUCAACACCCUGACCAUCGCUUCUGAACAUCACAAGCAACCGCAGUGGCUAACAGACGUACAAGAUAUAGCAAACAAAGUGUUGUUAGCACUCUUCACGGGUGAGAUGCUGCUAAAGAUGUACAGUCUUGGCUUACAGGCGUACUUUGUGUCGCUCUUCAACCGGUUUGACAGCUUCGUAGUGUGUGGAGGAAUACUAGAAACCAUUCUAGUUGAAACAAAGAUCAUGUCUCCUCUUGGUAUCUCAGUGUUACGCUGUGUGCGCCUUUUAAGAAUAUUUAAAAUAACAAGAUAUUGGAACUCUCUCUCCAACCUCGUGGCCUCACUACUCAACUCAGUUCGCUCCAUCGCCUCCCUGCUACUUCUGCUCUUUCUCUUCAUCAUUAUCUUCUCCCUGUUGGGCAUGCAGCUCUUUGGGGGGAAAUUCAACUUUGACGACACCCGACGCAGCACCUUUGACAACUUCCCGCAGUCUUUGCUCACUGUGUUUCAGAUUCUGACAGGAGAAGACUGGAACUCUGUUAUGUAUGAUGGCAUCAUGGCGUACGGCGGCCCAUCUUUUCCUGGCAUGCUGGUCUGCAUCUACUUUAUCAUCCUCUUCAUCUGCGGAAACUACAUCCUACUGAAUGUCUUCUUGGCCAUCGCUGUUGACAAUCUAGCAGAUGCUGAGAGUCUGACAUCAGCUCAGAAAGAAGAGGAGGAGGCAAAGGAGAGGAAAAAGCUGGCAAGGGAGAAAAUAAAGUUAAAAUCAGGAGAGAAGGUAAGAUGCUGUUUCUUUACCAGGCUCGCAAGUCCAGAGAAGCGUCAGGAAAACGAGAAGCCACUAAUAGAGGAAAAGAAGAGUGAGAAGAUUGAACUGAAGUCUAUCACUUCUGAUGGAGAGACUAACACUGCCACAAAGAUUAACAUGGAUGACUGUUGUGGAGAGGAAAAUGAAGAGAAGAAUCCAUAUCCUGCAAAUGAUUACAUAGGAGAUGAGGAUGAGGAUGAGCCGGAGAUGCCGGUAGGCCCGAGGCCACGGCCACUCUCUGACAUCCACCUAAAAGAGAAGGCUGUUCCAAUGCCAGAGGCCCGCGCCUUCUUCAUCUUCAGCCACACUAAUCAAUUCAGGGUUUUUUGCCACAAGAUCGUCAACCACAACAUCUUCACCAACCUCAUCCUGUUCUUCAUCCUGCUCAGCAGCAUCAGUCUGGCAGCUGAGGAUCCAGUCAAGAACGACUCCUUUAGAAAUCAGAUCCUGGGCUAUGCAGAUCAUGUCUUUACUGGACUCUUCACCAUUGAGAUCAUUCUUAAGAUGACAGCAUAUGGAGCUUUCCUCCAUAAAGGUUCAUUUUGUAGAAACUAUUUCAACAUCCUGGACUUGGUAGUGGUCAGCGUUUCUCUCAUUUCUUCUGGGAUACAAUGGAUAGAGUACUUCUUAUCAUCAGGUGGUUGGUCCAGUGCAAUUAAUGUUGUAAAGAUCCUGAGAGUCCUGCGAGUGCUGAGACCGCUGAGAGCCAUCAACAGAGCCAAAGGACUAAAGCAUGUUGUGCAGUGUGUUUUUGUGGCCAUCAGGACCAUCGGCAACAUCGUCAUUGUCACUACGUUGCUCCAGUUCAUGUUCGCCUGUAUUGGAGUGCAACUAUUCAAGGGCAAGUUCUUCUUCUGUAGUGACAGCUCCAAACAGACUCAGGCAGAGUGCAGAGGUUCCUACAUCAUGUAUAAGGAUGGGGAUGUAGGGAAACCAGAAAAAGCCCUGAGAAUGUGGAGGAACAGCGAUUUCAACUUUGAUGAUGUCCUGCAGGGAAUGAUGGCUUUGUUUGCUGUGUCUACAUUUGAGGGGUGGCCAGGGUUGCUGUACCGAGCCAUAGACUCUCACACUGAGGAUGUUGGUCCAAUCUACAACUACCGCGUGGUCAUCUCUAUAUUUUUCAUCAUCUACAUCAUCAUCAUCGCUUUUUUCAUGAUGAACAUUUUCGUCGGUUUCGUCAUCGUCACAUUCCAGGAGCAAGGAGAGCAGGAGUAUAAGAACUGUGAACUGGACAAGAACCAGCGUCAGUGUGUGGAAUACGCCUUGAAAGCUCGACCGCUGCGUCGCUACAUUCCCAAGAACCCUUACCAGUACAAAGUGUGGUAUGUGGUCAACUCCACCUACUUUGAGUACCUGAUGUUCACACUCAUCCUCCUCAACACUAUCUGUCUGGCCAUGCAGCAUCAUGGGCAGACCAAAAAUUUCAAUGAUGCAAUGAACAUCCUCAACAUGCUCUUCACAGGACUUUUCACGGUAGAGAUGAUCCUAAAACUAAUCGCCUUCAAGCCCAGGGGGUACUUUAGUGAUCCCUGGAAUGUGUUUGAUUUCCUCAUCGUAAUUGGCAGCAUAAUAGACGUCAUUCUCAGUGAGAUCAACCAUUAUUUUGUUGAUGCAUGGAACACUUUUGAUGCCUUGAUAGUUGUGGGUAGCAUUGUUGACAUAGCGAUCACUGAGGUUAACCCAGCUGACUCGUCCUCGUCCUCCUCCUCCUCUUCCUCUUCUUCCUCCUCUCACCCCCAUGUGGUAAGGCCAAUGGGACUUCAGAAUUCUGAAGAGAACGCCAGGAUCUCCAUCACCUUCUUCCGGCUGUUCCGCGUGAUGAGGCUGGUCAAGCUGCUAUCUCGCGGGGAAGGGAUUCGGACCCUGCUGUGGACCUUCAUCAAAUCGUUCCAAGCUCUGCCCUAUGUAGCUCUGCUAAUAGUGAUGCUCUUCUUCAUAUACGCUGUCAUCGGCAUGCAGAUGUUUGGUAAGAUAGCUCUGCAGGACCACACGCAGAUCAACAGGAACAACAAUUUCCAGACGUUCCCUCAGGCAGUCCUGCUCCUCUUCAGAUGUGCGACUGGUGAGGCGUGGCAAGAGAUCAUGCUGGCAUGUUCGCCCAAUCAACCAUGCGAGAAAGGGUCAACCAAUGAAACCAGCUCAGCCCAUGAGGACUGCGGCAGCCAGUUUGCCAUCAUUUACUUUGUCAGCUUCUACAUGUUGUGUGCCUUUCUGAUCAUCAACCUCUUUGUGGCUGUAAUCAUGGACAACUUUGACUAUCUCACCCGGGACUGGUCAAUUUUGGGGCCACAUCAUCUUGAUGAGUUUAAGAGGAUAUGGGCAGAAUAUGACCCAGAGGCUAAGGGGAGGAUAAAACACCUAGAUGUAGUCACUUUGCUUCGGAGAAUUCAGCCUCCUCUCGGUUUUGGAAAGCUCUGUCCACACAGGGUGGCGUGCAAGCGCCUGGUGUCAAUGAAUAUGCCUCUGAACAGCGAUGGAACCGUUAUGUUCAAUGCCACAUUGUUUGCAUUGGUCAGAACUGCCCUCAGGAUCAAGACAGAAGGUAAUCUAGAGCAGGCUAAUGAGGAGCUAAGAGCAAUUGUGAAAAAGAUUUGGAAGAGAACCAGCAUGAAGCUAUUGGAUCAAGUUGUGCCCCCUGCUGGUGAUGAUGAAGUUACAGUUGGAAAGUUCUAUGCCACCUUCCUCAUUCAGGAAUAUUUCCGCAAGUUUAAAAAGAGGAAAGAACAAGGUCUAGUGGCCAAGGUACCCCCCAAAACGGCCCUUUCUCUGCAGGCUGGCCUGCGGACACUGCACGACAUCGGUCCAGAGAUAAGGAGGGCCAUCUCUGGAGACUUGAAUGUGGAGGAGGAGAUGGACAAAGGCAUGAAGGAGUCAGUGUCAGCUGCGUCUGAAGACGAUAUCUUCAGGCGCACGGGUGGCUUGUUCGGCAACCAUGUCAACUAUUACAACCAGAGUGAUGGUCGUGGGUCCUUCCCACAGUCCUUCACUACUCAGCGUCCGUUGCACAUCAGCCAGAAGGGCUCUCCUUGCGAAGGCGAAAGCCCGUCCCACGAGAAGCUGAUGGGCUCGACCACCUUCACCCCUUCAUCUUACUCCUCAUCAGGUUCAAAUGCCAACCUCAACAACGCCAAUAACACUGGAAUGACAGGAGUGACUCCCCAGGGCAUCACCCGAUUCCCAAGCCCAUCCAUAAGCACCGUGGACGGGCACACAGACCAGCCGCUCACACCCAUCCUGCUGCCAAGAUCAGCAUGGUGCUUCCCUCCGAAAAGCUCGGACUCGAGUGACAGUCGUCUGCCAAUCAUCCAGAGAGGGGAGGGGUCAACAGAGGAGACAUACGAUGAGAGUUAUGGUGACGACAGGGAGUACCAGGACGAUGAGCACUCACUUUCUUCUGACAUGUUGGUGUAUCAUGAUGAAACAUGUAAGCAGCUGACUCCAAUGGAGGAAGCAGAAGAAGUAGAGGGACAAAGAGGAGGAGGAGGAUGGCAGUCUCCAAGAAGAGUCUUCCUCUGUCCAACUACUCUGGGACGGAGAGCUUCUUUCCAUCUGGAGUGUCUUCGGAGACAUUCUAGGCCAGAUGUUUCCCAGAAGACUGCUGUACCUUUACAUCUUGUACAUCAUCAGGCUCUGGCAGUGGCAGGGUUGAGUCCUCUUUUGAGAAGGAGUCACUCACCUACUCUCUUCAGCCGGCUGUGUUCCACACCUCCAACCAGCCCCACAGCCCAAAGCAGUGAUGCCUCUUACCAGCAGGUUCCCUCUCUGAGGCUAGAGGGGUCUAACUCUCAUGAAAAGCUAAAUACCAGCUUGCCUUCUGUCAAUUGUGGGCCCUGGUACAGUGACAGUAAUGGGAAUAGUCCUGUGGCCAGUCCUAGCCCCACGCCGGGGUCAAGUCAACGAGCACGGCGGCCGGUGUCACUUACUGUGCCAUCGCUUUUGGGGAAGGACCCGAGCUCGCUCUCUCAUGGCAGUGCAGGCAGCCUGGUGGAAGCGGUUCUUAUAUCAGAAGGUUUGGGUCAUUUUGCCCAGGACCCUUCCUUCAUUGAGGCAACCAAAGCCGAGUUGGCUGAUGCCUGCGACAUGACCAUUGAGGAGAUGGAGCAUGCAGCCAGCAACAUUAUCAACGGCAACACAGCCACAAACCCCGCAUCCAGCACCACUCCCACCUCUCAGCACAGCCCCAAUGGCAGCCUGCCCUGCCACAAUGCAGCAGCAGCAGCUGUACCGCACAGGGACCGAGUCGUCAGUUUGAGUCCGGGUGACGCCGGGGCAGAGGCCGGAGGGGUCAGAGGCUAUAUCCAUGGUCCAUCCUCUAUAGAGGAGCGACAGGAACUGCUAGCUAGUGGGGGAGGGCGAGAAGAGGAGGAGGAGGAAACAAAUGUGAGAGAAGAGCGAUCCCACAGAAGUUCAGCUGUGGUUGCAGGAACGCAACAGAACAACAGCAGACUUUUGGAGGAUGACGAUUUGGAGUGCGUUACGAGCUUGUAGGGGCCACCUCAGCAGCGUUGAUCAGCAAACUGGCCCCUCUGGUGCCACCAGAGGCUGAGGUUUGCCAGUGCUGGCGAACAGUAUGGCGGCUGGUUGGUUCACUCUGUCACUCUGGACAAUGGCGGCCAGCGAUGCACCUUUAACACAAGAAGACUUUUCGGGUUUAACUGAGCUAGUAUGUGCGUCUGCAGUAAAGUAUACCAGACAAUAUACUAUCCGAGUGUGUGCUUCUGUGUGUCUGUGUGUGUGUUUUCUCUAUUUGUACCCGUAUGUGUGCGUUCACCACACGUGUCAGAGUGUGGCUCUAAAGUGCCUCACAGUUUUAUCAUGUCCUCAACGUGGGAUGAGCAGGAAAAUGGAGACAAGCAAAAAAAAACGACAAAGGACAGACUAAAUGGAAUAAAGAUCAAACAAAGAAGCAGGAA